CGAAAAGCUGAGUGUCUCGUCCUUAUCCAGUUCUUUCUCCUCCGCUGCGGUGCAGGUACACCGCACUCGGUGAGUGUGUAAAAAGCACCCAGGUGCCUCUCUGCCGCGUUCCCCCGCUUGACUCACCAAGACACUCCGCGGUUCCUCAGAGCAACCGUCGGAUUCUUUCUGCGCAGAACUCAACCGUGCACAGGGGAGAACGAAAGAAAGACAGAUGCGCUCUUCUCCUCCCCGUUCUUCUUCUUCCUCUCUUUCUCCUGAAACAGAGAGGCUGGCCCUGUCUCGCUCUCGCAGGUGUGUGCUGGUGUACUGACAGGCGAGACCAGGGAGAGCCUUCUGCGCUCUCUGCAAGAGCCACGAAAAAGGAUCUUCUCUCAGCUGCGUGAACUUUGUUCUCUCACCUUUUCUCUGCAUUUUGCAGAGCAAUCGAGAAAGGGCCAGGAAAGGAUCGAACUGGGUGGCCGGGGAAGAAAGAAGUCGCGGAGACUGAAGAAGAGACAGUCCGUUAAGGGAGGCGUCUUGUUUUUCAACUUCUGUCAUGCCCUUUCUCGUCUUCGAGGCUGCUUCGUUGUUGCCCGCUACUCUUCAUCUCCCUCUUUCUCUUUCCUCUCUUCCCUCUGUUCUUCACCCUCUGUUCUUCGUCACUGCGUUUUCCGUCUGUUCUCUCUUCCCUUCCUCGUCGUCCUCGCGUCUUUCUGUCUCUUUCCGUCGCUUCUCUUUGUGUCCGUCUGUCGCCGCGUUCGAUCUUUUCUUCUCCCUCCCUCGCUUCGUGGAAGUCGCGUUUUCUCUCGGUCUGGACGUCGUUCACCCACACCCCAUGCCGCUGCCGAAGAUCCCCUCCGCCGCCCGCCUCGCAGAGCUUCUUUCAGGCGGGGGUGGCUUGCCCAUUUUAUCUGAAAGAGUUGUCUAUCGAGGCUGGAGAAAUGUGAUCAAGCGGCAGGUGCAGUUCCCGAACGGCCAACCAGUGACCUUUGACGUCACAGAUGCGCCGCCCGCCGUCCUCGUCCUUCCUUGGUGUUCCAAAACAAAAACUAUGACGCUCCUCAAGGAGUAUUGUCCAGGUGUAAACGAGAGAGGCAUGUACACUCUCGUGGCUGGGCUGUACGAGGAGAAGCAUGCGAGCGUUGAGGACUGCGUGCGAUGUGAGACUGAAGAAGAAGCGCACCUGCGCGGCGGGACGCUGAUCCCCGUAAUGGAUUCGCCAGAUCGGUCGCUCCCGGGAGCAAAGUACACAGGCCAGAAGUUCUUGCCUUACAUCGUGAAAGAUGCGCAGAAAGUUUCGGAUCCUCGCCCUCUCGACGAAGACGAAAUCAUUCUCCCCGUCCACGAAAUCACUCCUGACGAAGCGGUCUGGCUCGCCUUGCACGGACGGAUUACCAGCACAGGGUGCAUGAUGCUCUUCAUGGCGCUGCACAAGCUGAAGGAACUGAGGGAGCUGUGAAUUCGCGUCUGCGCCUGGAGUGGAGGAAACGUUGGAAGCGGUAACGCGAGGCUCAUUCCCCAUGCGCGUUCUUAAGUGCUGAACCUAUGAGACAGGGGAAGGAAACCUAAGUCGUCGUCAGCGUCUUGUGACGUUUGCUGCCGAGCGUUGCGAGACGCAAAGGCAUGCGGAGUCCAUGCAUGUGCAUCGUGCGCGUUCACUCCGUUAAAGCAGUCAAGAGUCGCGAGCAAAGCCGCGCGCGCAUGGCAACUCAUUUGACGUUUCAUGGGGUGACCACGUCUUGUCUGCGGUCGAAAAAAGACUCAACUCUGCAGGUGCACUUGUCCUGCUAGACAGUAUUGAAUUAGCUGAUGGAAACUCU